UCUGAUUGGUUCCUUUUCCGGUCGGUUCAUGUUGACUGAGUUCACUGCUAAAGAAGUGUUUCUGUGCUUUCUUUACUCCUGAACACAGCAAACAUGUCUGAGGACCGAUCAGAACGAUCCGAUGGAAGGAUGGUUAAAAUGGAGAUCGAUUACAGUUCAACUGUAGACCAGCGUCUCCCGGAAUGCGAGAAAAUGGCUAAAGAGGGAAAGCUGCAGGAGGCUGUGGAAAGUUUGCUGUCACUGGAGAAGCAAACCAGAACGGCGUCAGACAUGGUAUCUACAUCCAGAAUCCUUGUGGCUGUGGUCCAGAUGUGUUAUGAAGCCAAGGACUGGAAUGCCCUGAAUGAAAACAUCAUGUUACUUUCUAAACGGAGGAGUCAGCUCAAACAGGCUGUUGCCAAGAUGGUCCAAGAAUGUUACAAGUAUGUGGAUGCUGUGACUGAUCUGACCAUCAAGCUGAGACUCAUCGACACGCUACGCACCGUGACUGCUGGCAAGAUUUAUGUUGAGAUUGAACGUGCCAGGUUAACAAAGACCUUAGCCGGUAUCAAGGAGCAGAGUGGAGAUGUCAAAGAGGCAGCUUCCAUCCUCCAGGAACUGCAGGUGGAGACAUAUGGCUCUAUGGAGAAAAAGGAAAAGGUGGAGUUUAUCUUGGAACAAAUGCGCCUGUGCAUUGCUAUCAAAGAUUAUAUUCGCACACAGAUCAUCAGUAAGAAGAUAAACACCAAAUUUUUCCAAGAAGAGGGUACUGAGGAGUUGAAGCUGAAGUACUAUAACCUGAUGAUUCAGGUUGACCAGCAUGAGGGCUCUUAUCUUUCCAUCUGCAAACACUUUCGGGCCAUCUAUGACACUCCCUGUAUCUUGGAGGACAGCAGCAAGUGGCAGCAGGCCCUGAAGAGUGUUGUUUUGUAUGUGAUCCUCUCCCCUUAUGACAAUGAGCAGUCGGACCUUGUGCACAGAAUUAGUGCAGACAAGAAAUUAGAAGAAAUCCCUAAAUACAAGGACCUUUUGAAGCAGUUUACCACUAUGGAGCUGAUGCGUUGGGCCUCCCUUGUGGAGGAUUAUGGGAAGGAGCUGAGAGAGGGCUCGUCCGGCAGUCCUGCUACAGAUGUCUUCUGUUAUUCUGAGGAGGGGGAGAAAAGGUGGAAGGACCUAAAGAACCGAGUGGUAGAACACAACAUCAGAAUAAUGGCCAAAUAUUACACCAGGAUCACAAUGAAGAGGAUGGCUGGAUUACUUGACCUCUCUGUUGAUGAGUCUGAGGAAUUCCUUUCCAACCUGGUUGUUAACAAGACCAUUUACGCCAAGGUUGACCGGCUGGCUGGUAUCAUCAACUUCCAGAGGCCCAAAGACCCCAACGACCUGCUGAACGACUGGUCGCACAAACUCAACUCUCUCAUGUCACUAGUCAACAAGACCACUCAUCUCAUCGCAAAGGAGGAAAUGAUUCACAACCUGCAGUGAAGAGUAACACAGGGCAUUCUUUUAUGUUUUUCGUCCCUCCAUUCUUUGGGGAUUUUUUUUCGCCUCUCCCCAAUACACAGUAUAUUGGUGGGCGUUCCUCUCAGUGCAUUUAAAGACUGAAAGACCACCUCCUUUAUUGUACUUUCCACUACAGUGUUUGUUUUCUUGCUGUAUAAAAACUUCUCUGAAAUAAAUUCCUCACAUUUGAAUAACA